AUGAUCGUGGACUCGAAUGCGGAGUUCCACACUGUACCGAUAGCCGCGACCAAGUUGAUCACCGAGUACGAGUAUCUUCAAAAGGAAGGCCACCCAUCAAAAACGGGGACGAGGGGCAACGUUCUCGAGGCCACGACAAGUGCCGCAAUUGUGGGACGAUUGGACACUGGGGUCGUGACUGUCGCAGACCAGACCGUGGUACUCAAGUUAGCAGGCGGGGGCGUGGAGAACGUGAGCCCCGGCAUGCCGUCCCAUCCGCCCAUGCGAAUGCCGUGA